AUGGCUCAGCUUACUAUGCAGUGGAGUCUUGUAGAAAACCAACAACAAACGGAGCCGUUGAAGUAUGAUUAUUCGAUCAGUCAGUCAAACUGGAAUUAUACGAACGAGGACGGGUUCUUCUUCACUCCAUCUGCAGUGCGCCUCAGCCGCAACACCACCUGGACUGCUGGUAGCACGGUGUUGCUUGAAGAGGGAACUUGA